AUGAGGAAGAAAGAGGAGAGGAGGAAGGAGAGGAGGAAGGAGGGGAGGAAGGAGAGGAGGGAGGAGAGGAGGGAGGAGAAAAGGAAGGAGAGUAGGAAGGAGAGGAGAAAGGAGAGGAGGGAGGAGAAAAGGAAGGAGAGGUGGGAGGAGAGUAGGGAGGAGAGGAGGGAGGAGAGGAGGGAGGAGAAAAGGAAGGAGAGUAGGAAGAAUGGGAGGAAGGAGGGGAAGAAGAAGAGGAGGAAGGAGAGGAGGAAGAAUGGGAGGAUCCAUCCAUGGUCAAGGAGACGCCAGCCCCAGUCGACAGUGGAGCUGGAGGGUUUGUAA